GUCCAGCCUGAUACGGAAGAUAUAGAAUGUGGCCUUGAGGAUGAGAAGCGUGGACAGCUACAGUAUUCCCUGGAAUAUGACUUCCGUAGCCAGGAGCUGAAGGUUGGAGUAAAGCAAGCAGCAGAUCUGAAAGCAAUGGACAGUGGAGGUACUUCUGAUCCCUAUGUGAUUGUCUAUCUAACAUCGGAUAUGAGGAAGAAGUAUGAAACAAAGGUUUACCGUAAGACACUCAACCCUGUUUUCAAUGACAGUUUCGUUUUUCAGAUACCCCAGGCGGAGGUAGCUGAAUCCACCCUGGUGAUGCAGGUGUAUGAUUUCAAUCGUUUCUCCAAACAUGACAUCAUUGGCGAGAUGCGGCUGCCUCUUGGGGAUGUUGACUUUCAACAUGUUAUUGAGCAAUGGCACGAGCUCACUGCAGCCAGCAAGAAUGAGCAAGAGCGCCUUGGGGAGAUUUGCUUUUCACUCAGAUAUGUACCCAGCAGUAGCAAAUUAACUGUGGUCAUCUUAGAAGCCAAAAAACUUAAGCGGAUGGAUACACAUGGAUUGUCAGAUCCCUAUGUCAAAGUGCAACUUACUUUGAACAAAAAGAAAUGGAAGAAAAAGAAGACAAGUAUAAAGAAAAACACAUUAAGUCCCUACUUCAAUGAGGCAUUUGUUUUUGAAGUGCCCUUCAGUUUGAUUCAGAAUGUGGACUUCGUGAUCUCAGUCUGGGAUCAUGAUAAAAUGACCAAGGAUGACCAGAUUGGCAAGGUGUUCUUGGGCUGUAGAGCUACCGGCAACCAGCUGCGUCAUUGGUCAGAUAUGCUAGCCAAUCCCCGCAGGCCAGUCGCACAGUGGCACAGCCUACAGCCUGUGGAAGACGUGGACAAAACCUUGGGGCUGAAGUCUCGCUUCAAGCUGCCGAUACCCAACAGCUAA